AUGACUAAAAAGAAAAAGGCGACUCCGCCGAAGACCAUUUCCGAGAUUGCGGCUCGAGUCCAAAAAUCCGCCAAGCAGAGCGAUAGCACACCAGUUAGAACACUGUACACACAUCAGGAAACCAGUGACGAGGGCAGCGAACCCUCAGCGUCGCCACAGGCAGAGGACACAGCCUUGGGUGACACAAUGGAUCAAACGACUAUGCUGAAGAGCGUAUACCAAAAGAUCCAUCACCACGAUGCACUCCCAGCAAUCAUGGGCAAGCUAUCGCUUCUGGAACAAGCCACUAAAGUCACCGAGGACCUGGCAGCAAGGCUUACCGUGCUGGAAGAACGGAUGAACAGCGGCUCCGCAGCAGGAUUCUCCGGACGUUACGAGGCCACGAGUGACAUCGGAGCGAUCAACGAGGAUAAAGUUCCGGCACGGGUACCGGUGAAGCUGUUGGAGGAGAAGCGGCUCCCAGCGGUGCUGCAGGAGCUGGUACAGCAGCACAGGAACGGGGCUAGCUAUGCGCUGGACAUCCUCCCGUGGCUCGCGAAGCCCGGGGCGAAUGCUGGAUCCGCGGCGGGGCCAUCACAGGCGCCGGCUGCGAACGGUGCAGCUUCCGGCGCGCAGCGAAAUCGGGGCGGUACUGAGGAACCGACGGCCUUGGUGGACAUCUUGAUUAACCCCAGAGUUCGAAAAUCCUUCGUAACCUUGGGGAAGAUCGCCCGUGAGCGGUAUGGAAUCACCCUGAUGGACUCACUCACGAAGUCUGGAAAACAGUUGCGACAGCAGCGGAUGGCAACAUUCAUCCACCUACGCAACACGGGCGCCCAACCCAGGUGGGAACGCGGUGUCGACAUCACGGUCAUGGACGGACAACGCAGGGUCCCGUUUCAGGGACCUUGGGUUGACAGCCAGCCGGCUGGUGCAGAAGUGGGCGGGGCGGCCGGACAGACCCCAAGGGGUGCUGCUGCGGGCAAGGCUUAG